AUGGAUACAAAGCUAAUUGGGAGGAUAUGCAAAUCGAUAAGAUACAGGGACUAUGAAACUGCAAUUUUUCUAACGGCAUGCCUGACCCAGCAGAAGUCUGAAUACAAGACACUUAUGUCUAUAAUACUCUAUCUGAAUGGUGAGUACAGUCGUGCUCUUUUCCAUCUCCACAAGCUCAACACAUGGACAUCGAAAUACUACGAGUCUCUUUGCUACAAGAAGAAAAAAGACUAUAAGAAGGCCAUAAAAAGCCUAGAGCUAAUCCUCGAUGGAAAGGUGGAAAGAGACCCUGAGGUGGAUGCAAGGAUACAAGAGAUGUUUAUUGAUCCCGAGGAUGAUGAGUUUUUUGAAUCUCUUCUUGGAGAUUUGUACACCUUGUCAGGAUAUAGGGAAGAGGGGAUUGAGCACUAUAUAAAGUCCCUUGCAAAGAGCUUUUUACUUCCAGCUGUAGAAAACCUCCUACUUGAGAACAAGAUUCCCGUAAAGAGAGAUAAGGAGAAUGUCCGGCAGAUGGGCAAGAGGGGGAUUGAGGAGGAAUAUGUGACAGACAUUAUUGAAUUCCACGAGAGCCUUGGACAGUCUCUGAUAAAGAAAUAUUUGGAGUAUAUUCCUGGUGUUGGAUCAUACUUCAUCUCAAAUGCAGCAAGGAGAUAUUUCAAUCUUGGAAUGAAUGAUAAGAGCAAAUCAUGUUUUGAGCUUGUAAGGAGAAAGGAUCCUAUGUUCCUGCACAAUGUGGAUUACUACUCAACUAUCCUUUGGCAUUGUAAGGAUGUCUAUGAGCUUGGGAUGCUGUGUAAGAACUUGAUCAAGCAUGCACCGGAUUCUCCAAACACAUGGAAGGCGCUGGGAAAUUUCUAUAGCCAUCAAGGGGACUAUCAAAGAAGUGUCCUGUGCUUCAAAAGAAGUCUGUGCAUAGAAGAAGACUCAUACACCUACACACUUCUAGGAUAUGAAUCGAUUCAGAGGAACGAGUAUGAUGUAGCAAUGAAGUACUUUAAUCUAUCAUUGAAGAUGCUUGGGGAUAACUACAGAGCAAUGUUUGGAUGCGGAUUAGUGUAUACCAAGACGGAAAGACUAGACAAUGCUGAGUUUUUUCUGAAAAAAGCCAUAGAAACAAAUCCAGGGAAUCUUCAAAUCAAGGUUCAUGCAAUGAAGUUCUACACUCGGAAGGGGCUUACAGAUCAAUCUAUAAGGCUCUUUAAGGAGGCGUUUUGCAUGAAGUAUACAGACAUCCAUAAGAUUGUUGAGUGCAUUCUAUCCAGAAAGGGAAGCUUCACCAAUGUCGAAGAAUUCUUGGUUCUCGAAUUUGUAGAGAUUCUCGUUCUUCAGAACCUGUCUAAGCUUGCAGCGGAUGUUUUGAGCUGUGUAGAGUAUAGGGGGGAGUCCUAUAGUAAGAAAAAAGAGCUUCUUCAGGAUAGGGUGGAAUAG